CCCCAACAUUAGAGACCCUUCAAAAGCACAUCAGAACCUGCUGCCGAAACAAAAACUCUGAAGAAAACACACAGCCUCUCCACAAUAUAUUGUGAGAGGUGGUCUCUCAUUGAGGAAUGGACUUGCGCUUGUAUGGUUGCACCACCUCAUGAGAAGCUCGUAGAAGGGUAGUGGCAGUACAGGAUUGUAACUGAAAGUAGAAUUGGAUUAUGAGCAGGCCAGCUGGGUCUGCGAGGUGGACAUCGGUGGUUGCGGUGGCCAUCAUCCUGCUUGGGGGCCUUGUUUUGGUGUCUAUUGUGAUGGAGAGUAGUAGUGGGAAAUCAUCGCUCCCGGUGAGCUUCGCUGCAGUAGGUGGUAGGAGGAUGGUGAUCGGAACCAAUGGAGGGUUGUCUGAUCAGAGGACACUGAAGGACUUGAGGGAUGGUGAAGAUCCUUUGAGCAGCAGCAAGAGGAGGGUGCCCAAUGGACCGGAUCCAAUCCACAACAGGGGAGCUGGAGAGUCAGGAAGAUCACCAGGCCGAGCAUAGGUUGCAGCGCACACACUCCGAUGAAUGGAAGUUUCCCUAGUACGUACUUGCUCUGGAUAUGAUCAUUGUGUUGCAAGAAGAAAGGGUCAGAGCUGCAUCUGUGGUGGGCCUGGCCAGGAUGCUAGUGUAACUAGGGCAGGGUGGCGUGUCAUGUUCUAAGCACUGCUAUUUAUGAUGUUUUUUGGCAUACAAACUUUCGAUUUUGGAAAAAAAAAUCAUUUUAGUGAUGGUGGUUUUGAAAGACUCAAAAGACAGCACUAUCAAGCUUCCCUCUGACAAAAUACAGGUAUCAAAUUGAAUUAAAGGUUGGGUAGUGAGGUAUGGGCACAGAGCUCCUUUAUUUCAUUACUUGUUUAGCUUUGCACAUGUUUGUAGAAGUAUUUGUUCUCUCUCUUUUUAUCUCUAUGUUUGUUUCCUUGUUGUAUUGAUUGGAAGAGAACAAUGCAAGUUUGCUAUAGUGGAACAGGUAAAGAGAUGAGAUAACCAAUCUUUUCCAAAGCUUUGUUUGUUA